AUAAAAGAGAGAGAAUAAAAAUAAAAAUAGAAAGAAGUCUUGAUUGGCGUGGACGGUGUUCUUGUUCCUUCUUUUUUAGUUUAGAUUGAAUUGAAAGACGGUCAGAUUCCCAAAGGCCAAACCCAACCAACAGUGAUCUAGAUAUGGCGGACCAACAGCCGGUUAAGGUUCGAUGUCAGCGAAUUGGCUGCAAUGCCAUGUUCUCCGAUGACGACAACCUCGACGGUUCCUGUCGAUACCAUGAUUCUGGACCUAUUUUUCAUAAUGGAAUGAAAGAGUGGAGUUGCUGCAAGAAGAGAAGUCAUGAUUUCAGCUUAUUUUUACAAAUUCCAGGAUGUAAAACCGGGAAGCACACAACGGAGAAACCCGUGUUGGCAAAACCAGUGGCUAGUCCGAAGAUUCCGGUUUCUUCUAAUAAUUCAGCUCCGGCUGCAACUAGUGCACCAUCAAAAGAGUCUUGCUCUAGAUGCCGGCAAGGUUUCUUCUGCUCGGAUCAUGGUUCACAAGCCAAAGUAAUAAAUCCGAAACCUGUAGAUCCAGCCGAAAACAAUACAGAAGCUCAGGAUUUCCCCGCUCCCACAACAAAGAUUGUGGAUAUAAACCAGCCCCAAACCUGCAAAAACAAAGGAUGUGGGAAAGCUUUCAAAGAAAAGGAUAAUCACGAUUCUGCCUGCAGUUACCAUCCCGGGCCUGCUGUUUUCCAUGACCGAAUGAGAGGGUGGAAAUGUUGCGACAUUCAUGUUACGGAAUUCGACGAGUUCAUGGCCACUCCUCCUUGCACGAAGGGUUGGCACAAUGCGGAUGCCUCAUGACGAAAACGGCAAGUUUUUAGAGCAAAGGAUAUAUAUCUUCAGCUAUUGCUCUUUUCAUAGUUUGAACUCCUGAAUGUUGUCUUUCCUUUUCCUUUUAAGUUGUGAUUUUAUUUAUUUAUUUUUUUUUUUGCUCUGACUCUAAGUUAUGAAUUUCGAAACCUGUAUUUCUCGGCAAGUUAUUCCAUUAUUCAUGAGGAAGAA